AUGGUGAUGGCUUUUAUCUUCAUGUUGCUAGGGCUUUCUUCCACAAAACCAAAUGUAGAAGCAGCAACUCCUUUGCAACAAGCUCAUGCCACCUUCUACGGUGAAGGUAGUGGCGGUGCUUGUGGAUAUGCAAAUCUUAAUACCGAUGGGUAUGGAUUCCAAAACGCAGCUUUGAGCACAGUUUUGUUCAAGAAUGGCGCGGCAUGCGGUGGGUGCUAUGAGAUUACUUGUGAUUCUGCGAAAGACCCUCAAUGGUGCAUCAAAGGGAAAUACAUUACAGUUACUGCUACAAAUUUCUGCCCACCAAAUUCCAGUCUUCCCAAUAAUAAUGGAGGAUGGUGCAAUCCUCCACUCCAACACUUUGACAUGUCUACAGCUGCCUUUGAGACUAUUGCCUAUUACAAGGCGGGAAUAGUACCUGUUCUCUAUAGAAAGGUUCCAUGCACUAGAAGUGGAGGCAUAAGAUUUACCAUAACUGGAAAGAGCAACUUUGAGCUAGUGCUAAUAUCAAAUGUAGGAGGACCUGGAGAGAUCUCACAGGUAUGGAUGAAAGCGUCAGGAUCAAACAAAUGGGAAUCCCUGACGAGGAAUUGGGGGGCUAAUUGGCAGAGCCUAAGCAAUCUGCAAGGGCAGAGCUUGUCGUUCACAGUCCAUGCAAGCGACGGGCGUUCCGUCACAGCUCUUAACGUGAUACCUGCUAAUUGGGCGUCUGGCCAGUCCUUCAAAAGCAAUGUUAAUUUCUAG